AAUUCUUUUAGUUUAUUAUACUCAGGUUAUGCUACCAUUAUUAAGGGUUGCUAGCUGGUAAUCAUCAAGUAUAAAGCAUCUCUACCCUCAAGAUCUCAAUAGUUGUAAUCAAAAAGACAAAGUUUCAUUCCAUUCAAUGUUGUGUCAAUUAAAAAAGGAAUUAAAUUUAAUUCAAUUGACCGGUUCAACUAAAGUUAAUCUAUUCCGUUCACCUUAUUCAUCAAUUCAUUGAUUUUCAAUUUUAAAUCAUGGAUUUUGCUGCGCCCUUUGACAGAGAAGUCAUUUUGGUUCAAAAUAAAGCUGAAAAGGUUGCCUUAAAGUCAUUCAAGGAAGAGAUUAGAGCAACAAUCGAUGUGGAGCGUUUAGUUACCGAAACAAAGGUCAUUCUUGAUGUACCCGAAACAUCGGUUCAUCGGAUUCUUGAAGUUGGUUUGCUUAAGAUUUUUGGACGAGCUUUUGAUGUAAAUCAAUUCCGAUCAGUUCUUUGUAUCAGUGAAGAUGUUCCUAAAUUGAAGGAAACGUUUCAAAGUUUAACAUAUGAUCAUAAUGGUUUCUUUGCAUUUGAUCAAUCUUGGAUCUGUGUGACUGGAAGUUUGCCCUUUUUGUCUCAACGUUUAACAGGAAUCAUACGGUUAGACAGUCCAGUGAACUUUGGUGACAAUGCAGCUGAAAUACGGUUCAUCAUUAUGGUUUUGGUUCCUAUUAAAGAGAAAGGAACCAAAAAUGCAUUUGAAACGGGACGAACUUUUGCAACGCUAUUUACAUCAGCUGAGUUCCGUAAUAAUUUGUUACAAGCCAAAAAAGCAUCCGACUUUUUAGCUGUGAUUCGUCGUCGAGUAGAUGAUUUACUCAGUGGUGGUAAUGCCCUGGAUCGAGUUUAUUCCGUUGAACCAAGUCUCGGGGAUAAAUUUAAAUUUACAUUUUGUAAAGGAAUCGCUGAAAAUAUUGUUCGUCGUGUAAAGUACUAUCCAAGUGAUUUUGUCGAUGGAUUAAAGGGUCCAAAUACAUUUCGUAAAACACUGGCGACAAUAUUAUUCCUCUAUUUUGCUUGCAUUUUGCCUUGUGUUGCCUUUGGUGUUUUAGUGGACAAGACAACGGGAGGAUUAAUAGAUGCAAGACGGGCAAUUAUUGGUCAAGCUAUUGGUGGCUUGUUUUUUGCUCUAUUUAGUGGUCAACCUUUGGUUAUCAUUGCCACAACAGCACCUCUUUGUUUAUUUACUAAAGUUGUAUACGAGAUCGCCUCUGAUUUUAAUGUCGACUUUUAUUCGAUGUUUGCUUGUGUCGGUUUGUGGAACUCUUUUUUCGUUAUCCUUUAUGCACUAUUUGAUGUGUCCGUUGUAAUGAAAUGGUGUACAAGAAACACGGAAGAAAUAUUUGCCAUUUUCAUCUUUUUUGCCUUCUCCGUUGAUGCACUUAAAGAUGUUGUCUCAAAUUUUAAAGAGUAUUAUCCUGGUUUCGGUUGUACUAAGGCCAUCUUCGGUUUGGUUAAUGGAACCAAUCAGAUCUUUUUAAGUGGAAAUUCGAAAGAAAUUAAUGGGACAAUAAUUAUCAACUCGACUGAAAGUUACUCCUUAAUAGCUGAAGCGUUCAAAUUUUGCCAACCACAAUCUUGCCUUCUAUUUAUCCUUUUAAUGCUGGGAACUCUUUGGUUAGCAUUGAGUCUAUACGAGUUCAAUAAAACACCAUUUUUGGGACCAACAAAUCGUGAGAUACUUUCCGAUUAUGCUUUACCCAUAGCUGUUGUCGUAUUUUCAGCAAUCGGAAGUUUUCUUUUCAGUGCCAUAGAAAUAGAGAGUUUCAAGUUCAGCGAUUCAUUUACUUUUAAAAUGGCAUCGUUUGAUUCAUUGACUCCAGCAUCGAUCGCUGUUGCGGCUGGCCUUGGUUUUGCGUUAUCACUUCUAUUUUUUAUGGAUCAAAAUAUAUCAGCUGCACUGGUAAACACACCUUAUAAUAAUUUAAAAAAAGGAUCCGGUUAUCAUCUAGAUUUACUGAUUGUUGGUAUUUUAAAUGCGUUUACGGCUCUCACUGGUUUGCCUUGGAUGCAUGGUAUUCUUCCUCAUUCACCUUUACAUGCUCGUUCUUUGGCUGAUAUUGAAGAGCGAGUUGAAAAUGGAUGUGUUAAACAGGUUGUCGUUUACGUACGAGAAACUCGCAUCACUGGAAUCAUUGCUCACAUCUUGAUUGGACUAUCGUUGUAUCUUAUCCCUUAUCCUUUGGCUUAUAUACCAGUUCCAGUUUUAGAUGGACUUUUCUUGUAUUGUGCAUUUGCUUCACUCCGUGGAAAUUCAUUUUACGAACGUUUUCUCCUCUUGAUCACUGAGCAAAAUUCGUAUCCACCGAAUCACUACAUUCGCCGAUCACCUCAAAAGUAUAUCCAUUACUUUACUGGUAUUCAGAUUGUCCAAUUGGCCGUUUUAUGUUUCUUUGGUUUCUUCAAUUCUCCUUAUGUUCAAAUGGCUUUUCCAGUAAUUAUUGCACUCCUCAUCCCGAUCAGGCAUCUAUUGGUACCAAAGAUAAUCCCAAGGAAAUAUUUGCGAGCCAUUGAUGGUUACCAUUGAAGAUGUAUUUUGAAAAGAUGAAGAUUCAUUAAAGGAUUGAAUUUACAUGGAAACAGGGAAAAUUAUUGUUGAUCAUGAUUAGUAAAUGUUUUACUAAUCAUGUAUCAUUAUUUUAUUUGUUUUUUGUUAAUUUAUCAAUAAUUUUUCCAUUUCAUUUACACUUUAUUAAAGCAAUAAACUUGUUGCAUAAUGA